AUUACAAACCCCUUCAACCGCUGAACCAAAAAUAAUUAACGACCAAAGCUGCUUCAGAUUUCAGACUAAUAGGGGAGGAGAGAGAUUGGGAAAAAUGUUGAGGGCGGAAGUGCUCCAAGCCUAUAGAGAAGUUUUGAAGGCGACUCGAAAGUCAUUUGCAGGGGAUACCCAGAUGCUUAAAGCUUCUGCCAAGGAAGUCCGCACAAAAUUCGAGGACAAUCGAAAAGUCACUGAUGAACUCGACAUUCAGAAACUAAUCAAUGAUGCGCGUGAAGCUUCUCAUUUCGUCUCCACCAUGAUCGUCCAAGCCAAGCUCAAUGAUCGUGGUGGUUAUGAAGUGAAACCAAGUACGGAGCAUGCUGGAGCUACUUUGGAGGUUCCGUCAGAAGAGAUUUUAAAGAAAUCAGCAUAACAAACCAAAAGUAGCUUUAAAUGUUUUGUUUCAGUGCAUGCUUUACCCAAGUUGAUAAUCAUUGGCUCCGGAAGUUUAUCAUUCCUGGGAGCUUGAACAUUAUGUUGUUUCUAGUUUACUUCUUGCCCACUUCAGGACUUCAGAUAGUCUAGCGAACAUGCAGGGAUCAUUAUAAGAAACAUUUUUGCUGGUUUCUGGUUGAACACUAAUAUACUUACUCAACUGGUAUGGUCCUUUCUUGCUUUGAUUGAUGCUCUACAUUAUUAAAGGUCAAAAGUUUGUAUACUUCACCUUAUCAUUAUCUAAUAUACAUCUAAACUUAUUUUCA